AUAAAAAGAAAAAGAAAAAGAGAGGGCAGAGAUGUCUUUGGAAGAUUGAGGGGAGAGAGGCGAAUGAAAAAGGAGGAAUUUGGGUUUGAAUAAGUUGGUUUGAAUGGAAGCAAUGUCUGGCUAAAGAAUAAGAUAAAAUGGUGGGUUUGAUCGAAAGUAAUGAGGUCGCAGGAUUUUGAUCCAUAAUCGUCACUAUCCCAACUGAAAAAGAUCGAUCCGAAAGCGAUUCUCAGAAAAGUUCUGAACCUGUUUUUCCACUUUCAUCACCACCUACUCCGUUUCUGCUCCACCAAUUUCCCUCUUCUCAGAUCCUCCUCUCUGUUUUCUCCUACUCCCUUUCUUUGAUUCUCUUCUCCGGAGGUUACUCCCGAAACGGAUUCUAACAAUACGCUACAUUCAACCUAACGGACAAUCUGUAAGACGGUGUUGGUUUUCGUUUGAACAACUUGAUCGUGUGUGUUUAUUCAGAUUGAAGUAUUGGCUAUGAAGAUGGAGGCAGAUCCAGUUUUUUUAAUCAAAGAACGAAAGUUGGAGCGAACAAUUUUCUUCCUGCGAUAAACAUUAUCUGUACGAUAUCCUGCCAGUCUUAUAGCGGAUGGUGUGGAUUGGAAAUUAAUAUAUUAAUAAGAAAUUGACUUCUUUUGGGCAUUAUGCAUGUCUGGCCCUGAGACCAUCGUUGAAAACGUGGAAGGGGCACUUUCUUCUGCCGAGAGAACGAAAUCGCUUGAUGCUAUUUCUGUCAAAGACUUCACAUCUGCGAUAACAAAUGGUGAAACUGUUCAUACCUCUGAGUCCGCUGGCUUCAGAGUUGGGGAGCUAUUGCUUGUCAAUGGUGAAUUGUAUUCUGGGUCUCUCCUUGGUAACAUCCCUGAGGGCACAGGGAAAUAUGUUUGGUCAGAUGGAUGCAUAUAUGAGGGUGAGUGGAGAAGGGGGAUGAGGCAUGGGAAUGGAAAAAUUCGGUUUCCUUCUGGAGCAGUUUAUGAUGGUGAAUUUUCAGGUGGUUAUAUGCAUGGUACAGGAACAUAUAUCGGUCCUGAUAAUUUGACUUACAAGGGACGAUGGAAAUUGAAUUUGAAACAUGGUUUAGGUUAUCAAGUCUAUCCAAAUGGAGAUAGUUUUGAAGGCUCUUGGAUGCAGGGAAUACCGGAAGGGCCUGGUAAGUAUACGUGGGCUAAUGGAAAUGUUUAUUUGGGGAAUAUGAAAGCAGGGGGGAUGUCAGGGAAAGGAACCCUUACUUGGAUAAAUGGUGACUCAUUUGAAGGAAACUGGUUGGGUGGCAUGAUGCAUGGAUUCGGGGUUUACAUGUGGAGUGAUGGAGGUUGCUAUGUGGGGACGUGGACUAGAGGCCUGAAGGAUGGAAAAGGGUCAUUCUAUCCAAAGGGAAGCCGCCUUCCAGCAGUUCAAGAAAUUUACCUGAAGGCUUUGCGAAAAAGAGGGUUAUUACCUGACUUAAAAAACAAAAAUCAUGCACAUAUCCAUCAUGCUACUUCAGGAGAUAUGGGAAAUUUCAAGGUUGGUGAGAACCAGCAAUCCUCUCGUGGUUCAUCUGAUAAGAUCUCAAAGGGAAGUCUGUUAAAUCUGGAACAAUAUCGUACUAAAAAUGUUUCCCUUGAAAGGCGCUGGAGUCUUGAGGUGUCAAUUGAAAAAGUACUUGGACAUGACUCUUCAUCAGGGUUAUCAGAAUAUGAAUUGGGUGGAAAUGAAAUAGAUACAAAAAUCCCAAUUUUGGAACGCGAGUACAUGCAAGGUGUACUUAUUAGUGAACUUGUUAUAGAUAAUAGUUUUUCCUCCCCAUCAUCAAGAAGAGCAAAACGAAGACAGAGAAAGCUGGUUAAAGAGGGUAAGAAACCAGGUGAGAUGAUCAUAAAAGGUCACAGGAGUUACGACUUGAUGCUCAGUUUACAACUUGGAAUCAGAUACACUGUGGGAAAAAUUACACCCAUACAAAGGCGGGAAGUCAGGAGUUCAGACUUCGGUCCUCGAGCAAGCUUUUGGAUGAACUUCCCUAAAGAAGGUUCCCAGUUGACUCCACCUCAUCAAUCAGAAGAUUUUAAGUGGAAAGAUUAUUGUCCGAUGGUCUUCAGGAACCUGAGGGAGAUGUUUAAGAUCGAUGCUGCUGACUACAUGAUGUCCAUUUGUGGAAAUGAUGCUCUUAGAGAGCUAUCUUCACCUGGGAAGAGUGGUAGCGUCUUCUUUCUGUCCCAAGAUGAUCGUUUCAUGAUUAAAACUCUCCGAAAAUCUGAAGUUAAGGUUCUUCUGCGGAUGCUUCCAGAUUAUCAUCAUCAUGUGAGGUCAUAUGAGAAUACACUGAUUACAAAAUUUUUUGGUCUUCAUAGAAUCAAGCCAUCCAGCGGUCAGAAGUUUCGCUUUGUUGUAAUGGGAAAUAUGUUCUGCACGGAGUUAAGAAUUCAUCGGAGAUUUGACUUGAAGGGAUCCUCCCUUGGACGUUCAGCGGAUAAGGUUGAAAUAGAUGAAAACACUAUACUCAAGGAUUUGGAUUUGAACUACUCAUUUUAUUUGGAACCUACUUGGCGAGAGGCUUUACUAAAGCAGAUCGAGAUUGACAGUAAAUUCCUAGAAGUGCAGAAUAUCAUGGAUUAUAGCCUUUUGUUGGGUGUGCACUAUCGUGCCCCACAGCAGCUGCAAUCCCAUAUUUCCUAUAGUCGAAGCAUGAGGGCUGACGGAUUAGGAAUUCUUGCGGAGGAUGAUACUUUCGAGGAAGACAUUUCAACCUACCCACAAGGCCUUGUCUUAGUACCUCGCACAGAUGAUAACAGUGUUGUUGUCGGCCCCCACAUCAGAGGCAGCCGUUUGCGAGCGUCAUCUGCUUCUGGAGAUGAGGAAGUGGAUCUUCUCUUGCCUGGUACUGCAAGACUCCAAAUCCAACUUGGAGUGAACAUGCCAGCAAGAGCAGAGCAGAUUCCAGGAAAAGAAGAAAAGCAGAUGUUUCACGAGGCUUAUGAUGUGGUUCUAUAUCUGGGUAUCAUCGACAUUUUACAAGAGUACAACAUGAGCAAGAAGAUCGAACAUGCAUACAAAUCCAUUCAAUUCGAUUCAUUGUCCAUCUCUGCUGUGGAUCCUACAUUCUAUUCCCAACGUUUUCUUGAGUUCAUUAAUCAGAGAGUGUUCCCUCAAAAUGCUCGCGCAGGCUGAGAAAUUUGGCUCCACAUGUAUAUCCUUACAAUUCAGUUUCUCCUCCGGAAGAUUUCCUGAUGCAAGAGAUGCAGAUUACACAAAGAUUGAAGAUCGGAGAGGCUUCGUUUUGGAAUUUGUGGAGGGUGGUGGGUGACAAAUGGCGAUGAGACUCGGGUUGCGCAAGUGCUUUACAAUUCAUUCUCAGGCGUUCUCUUGUAGAUUAUUUUCGUACUCUUUUCCACGUCCUAACAUCAACUUUUGCAGUUCCUCUCCCAGAGAGUCUUAAUUUAUACUUCCAUUCAUGUUGAGCUUACGACCUUCCUCUCUCCCCUUACUCUUCAAUUGCUGAAAAAGAAAUAAGGGAAAUUACCCUUCAAUAAUCCACCAAAAUGAAUUUACUUUUUCUUCACGUUA